AUGUUAGCAGCUUGGAAACAGUUUGUUCUUCUGUUAAUUGCCUGCUUUUGCUUGGGCGGCUAUGGAGCACCCGUCCAGGAGCAGCUUGUGGAAACUGAUCCGGAGCUUACGGCUGGCUACUUUCAGGGUGACAUGGAAGUAGAGUUUGAGCGGAAUGGAGAGAUAUCCCCGGCACGACAUUGGCCCAAUGCCACAGUCUACUACAAGAUAGAUGAGGCUUUCAAUACUGAGCAGGCUGGACAUAUUAAGCUGGGAAUGCGACGCAUCGAACUUGCCUCCUGCAUACGUUUUGAGCCUGCCACUGCGGAAACUGUGGACUAUGUGCUGGUCACCGUCUCGCCAGAUGGUUGCAGCUCCAAGGUUGGCUACCUCGGCGGCGAGCAGACAAUCAAGCUGAAGCCAAAUGCUUUGGACAAAGGUUGCUUUGUCCUGGGCACCAUACAGCAUGAGCUGCUGCACACUUUGGGCUUCCAUCAUCAGCAAUGCGCUACGGAUCGCGAUGAAUACGUAAAAAUAAUCGAAGAUAAUAUAAUCGAUGGCAAGGAGAGCAACUUUAAGAAGUACGAAGCGGAUCGAGUAGAAGACUUCGAUGCAAAAUAUGACUAUGGCAGCAUUCUGCACUACAGUGCCACGGCCUUUUCAAAGAACGGAGAAGCAACAAUUGUCGCCCUGCAGCCCGAGGGUCAAUUGCAAAUGGGACAAAGACUUGCCCUGAGCACAGCCGACAUAAUUCGCCUCAACACCAUGUACAAGUGUCCUUUGCAGUUGUAAGUUCGCAUAUGCAAAGAUAUUAGUGAAGUUCCAAUAAACACAAAGUUCAGGCAGCUCAUUGAUUGUAGGGCAUUUAUGCAAGUU